GUUCGAAUCCCCGCGUCGGCCGCCAUGGCGGGCGCUGAGCCGGAGGCUGAGGGCAGCGGCGAGGGCGGAGGUGGCGGCGGCCGGGCUGUCCCCGCGCGGGGCGGCAGCGCCGUGCGCGUGGCCCCGCUGGGCCCGGAGCAGCUGCGGCGGGUCCUGGAGCGGGUGGCGAAGGCGCAGCCGCCCGCCAAGCCGCCGCCGCCGCCGCCCUUCGGGCUUCAGGACGCGGUGCGACGGCUGCGGGACGCGGCCCAGCAGGCCGCCCCGCAGCGGGGCCCGGGCGCCGAGCCCCCGCGCCCGCCGCGCCCGCUGCCGCCUCAGCGACUGGAAGCCGUCUGCGUCAAGGCAACACCUGGAGAGACAAGAGGCCGGGAGAGGCCGAAGCCCCAACAGGCCGCCGUCCAGCCCAGGACGGCCAGGCCGAGCCAGCUGCCCGGGCGGCACUGCGGCGCACUGGGGCCCGGGGUCACCAGUCCUCAGCUGCUCGGGGCGCCACCCCUCCUGAGCGCCCAGCCACAGCCACCUGUUCAGGUGCUUGCACAGAGGCCGCUGCCUGCCCUCCGACCGGUCCCUGCAAAGAGAGCCGUGGCUCCCCUGGCUCCGAAGGGAUCCGGUGCCAUGCUGGCCCCUCGGUCCGCCUCUGACCCGCUGGCAGGGACACCUGUUUCAUCCAGUUCAGCAAAUUUAUUUGUCCCCAACUUGCAUAUGAAACACACUGAGAGACUAAAAAAGUCUUUAAAGGUGAAAACACGUUCUGGGCGGAUAUCUCGACCUCCCAAGUAUAAAGCCAAAGAUUACAAAUUCAUAAAAAUGGAGGACUUGGCCGACAGCCACCCGUCGGACUCGGACGACUAUGCAGAACUGAGUGUGGAAGAGGAGGAGGAGCAGCGGGAAAAGUGGGCGCUCUUUGACCUGUCGAGCUGCUCCCUGCGGCCCAAAACCUUCAGGUGUCAGACCUGUGCAAAGUCCUACAUAGGAAAGGGGGGGCUGGCCCGGCACUUCAGACUCAACCCGGGCCACGGCUCGCCCCAGCCUGCGAUGUCGUCGUCUGGGAAAGCCAAUGGGAGUGUGACCCAGGGCCUGCCGUCUGCACGGGAUGGCCUGCAGAACGGUCAGUCUGUAGAAGUCGAAGAGGCAUCGGUGUCGGGACCAGCAGAUGGAAGUUACUCAGCCCUUUCGGGAACAGAGAGACGCUCAGGACCCACUCGGGGCUGUGCCACGGUCCCUGCAGAGCCCAGCGCAGCCAGGAGCAGCGCCAGCCUCCAGGAGUUUCUGCACCAGUGCGACCGGCAGGACCUGGUGGAGUUGGCCCUGCCCCAGCUGGCGCAGGCUGUGACUGUGUAUGAAUUUCUUCUGAUGAAGGUUCACAAAGACCAUCUGGCAAAGCCUUUCUUCCCAGCCGUGUACAAGGAAUUCGAAGAGUUGCAUACGAUGGUGAAGAAAAUGUGUCAAGAUUACCUCCGUAGUUCAGGCCCACGUUCCCAGGAGCCCCUGGAAAUAAACAACAAUGAGGUCGCCGAGUCCCUGGGCAUCACCGAAGGGGUCCUGCGGAAGAGAGGGACUCACACUGAUGGCGUCCCACACACGUGUGACAGCCACAGGUCGGCAGGGCCAGGGCCCGAGACAGCAGUUUCGAGAAAGAGGGAGAGCGAGACUGCAGAGGCGGGGCUGGCCUCAGCGAAAAGGACCAGGAGCGCAGCUCUGCCCAGGGAGUCCAUUGCGUCUUCUGCAGACAGCGGAGACCAACGGAGGCCAGCCGGGGGUGCCCUGGGGGCCAGCGAGGGUUCUGGCCCUCGAGUGGGCGGGAGCGCCUGUCUGGGUCCUGAAGAGGGCCACACGACACCAGUUUCUGACCUGGACCGCAGCGCGCCCCAGGCGGGCGGGCAGCUGAAGGCACUUGCUGACUGUGCAGCCCGCAGCGGGUCUGCAGCCCCCACCCUCUCUCACCAGGAUGUCAGUGGGCCUGGUCUCCGGGCUCAGAUGGGACGGCCUGGCACGCCAACCCUGGAGCAGGUGGUAGUGUUCCCCAUGGAGAACGCUCAGGGACACUCUUCAGACCUGCACGCUGGGGACAGCCUGGGGAGCUGGGGACUCUGCAGCAGCGUGAUGUCCGAGGGAGGAGUGGCAUCCCUGCUGCCUGGCAGGUCUGGACACAGCGGGGCAGGAAAGUUCGGCCAGGUGCCAGGCUCCCUCGUGAGUGGCCAGCACACCAGCCCCGGGGAGGCCCUGCCUGUGGGGGCCGAGGCCCCUCCGCUGGGGGACGACCUGUCUGUCGUGCCGAUGCACGGUGCCUGCAGCCCCGAGCCAGAGCUGGGGCCUCCGCUCUCUACACACGGGGGUCUUGGAAGCUGUACGGGGGACUCGGACCAGGUUCCCCACAGGACAGGGACACACGCUGACCCGGGAGGACUGGAGAGCACGUUGGCUGCGGGCGAGGCUGUGGUGUUGGAAGUCGCCGGCGGGUGCAGCCUGCUGCCUCAGGGACAGGAGCAGACGCUACCGCAGACGUCCGGCCGGCUUCUCCUGCCCGACCCGGGCUCCGCAGUGGCCACGCUGACCGAGGCGGAGGGGCCGGCCCCGCACACGUGUCCACCGGAGGGGCUCCUCACGCAGCCAUGGAGGCAGUGCCCGCCCAGUGAGACGGGGUCAGAACCGCAGCCCCAGACAGGAUGUUCCUCAGCGGAAUAUCCCAGCAGGCCUUCGCUUCACCAUGGUGUAUGCGCCGCUGCGAGCGGCAGCGACUUUGCCAACGGAGGAAGAAGUACCCCGCCGCGCUGUGCGUGAUCGGCAGCUGCAGAUUUCCUGGCCACGUGCUCCCGGGGCACUGGUGGGACUGCCCGCAGCCACCAGGGCCUGUGCCCUCUGCCAGGGCAGUGUCCGCAGGGCCCCAAAUACCGAGAUGGAUGGUAGCCAGCCUCACUGUCACAGCGCCGCACCGACAGACGUGACCUCAUCACAGAAACCACGUGGAACCGCCCCAUUCUCAUCACCUCUCUGGAGUACAGAGCAUGCGCGGUACUGAGGGAGGCGCGGCAGCAGAGAGGCCUUGGACAGACACCGGACGCCCACCGCCCGCCCCAGGGACCGCGCAGGCGGCCGCCGAAGGCCUUCAGGGCGGACCUGUCCCAGCGCAGGUGCCCAGGCUGGGUUCAGCAGCCGCGCCCCGCAGGCUCCUGAGGCAGCAGGCCCACCGCGUUCACCAGGUGAUGGGGGUGUGGGCCGGCGAACAGGAGGCAGGGGCCGCGGGAGUCGGUCUGUGAUGCCCUCUGAGGGCCAUGUUUUUUUAAUUUAUUGAUUCUAGAGAGACAGAAACAUCGAUUUGUUGUCCCACCUACCUAUGAUUCAUUGAUUCUUGUGUGUGCCCUGGCCAGGGAUUGAACCCGCAGCCUUGGUGUGGCAGGACAGUGCUCCAACCAACCGAGCUAAGCAGCCAGGGCUAAGGACCAGGUUUUUCAGAUACAUUUUUAUUUUCAUCUCGGGAAUAACAUGCCCACAGUUUAAAACGUCCAGUGCUCCAAAGGGCCUUGAUGAGCAGUGCCAGCCCUGACCUCAGCCCUCUGUUGCCCUCUGACUGCGGCUGCCCCACUGCUUUGAUUUGUCCAUUCACUGUCGUCCGUGGACGAACCACUGACCCUCGGGGACAGCGCACACGCCCCCCUAGUUGUCUGUUGCACACGGUGUUAAGUCAGGACUUGCUUCGUACACUGGAGCGUGAAUGUUGUUCACUGCUGAGCCUCUGAGCUGUAAGGACAUUUGCUUGUAAGCUUUGCUUUUCCUACAGAUAAUGGCCUUGGAUUUUUUUUUAUUUGCUUUUCUUUCUUUUUUGCUGUUUUUUUUCUUUAAAUUAAUUUUUUAGAGGGGGGAAGGGAGGGAGAGAAACAUAGAUUGGUUGCCUGUUGCACACCCCCAUCUGGGGGUUUGGUCCGCAACCCAGGCGUGUGCCCUGACCAGGAAUAGAACCAGCGACCCUUCGGUGUGCAGGCCAUGCUCAGUCCACUGGCCGCACCAGCUGAGUCUGCUCUUCGGUUGUUUUUAACAAAAUCACACAUGCAUAUGGUUUAAAGUGUCAAUUUCCUCAGCUUUUUUUUUUUUUAGAUUUUAUUGAUUUAUCUUUACAGGGGUAGGAGAGAGGGAGAGAAACAUCAGUGUGUGGUUGCCUUUCAUGCGUCCCCUGCUGGGAACGGGCCUGCAGGGAACCAGCAUGCAACCCAGGAAUGUGCCCUGACUGGGAAUUGAACUGCGGUCCUCUGGUUCGCAGGCCUGUGCUCAAUCCACUGAGCUACACCAGCCAGGGUCAGUUUUUUUUUUUAAAGAAAGCAGCCCCCCUGUUCAUUUCUGACAGGUACAUGCUGAGCACAGCUCAGCUCUGUGUGGUACACGGUGAUUACUUUCUUGCUUAAAGAUUUAAUUUAUUUUUAGAGGAAGGGGAAGGAGAAAGAGGGAGAGACACAUCAGUGUGUGGUUGCCUCUCACCACCCCCCACUGGGGAUCUGGCCUGCAACCCAGGCACCUGCACUGACUGGGAAUCAAACCGGCGACCCUUUGGUUCACAGGCCAGCGCUCAAUCCACUGAGCCACACCAGCCAGGGCCACUGUGAUUUUUAUGCUUUUGUAUUUCCUGGAGUUUGAUAUAUAUUUAAACAUAUAUAUGUUUACAUAUGUAUGUUUUUAGUUUUAAUUAAAGGUACUUUUCAUUAAUUCAUGCCCAAACCUUUCCCCAGCCCUGUUCUGUUUGGUUGAUACUUUCGUAUUCCUUCACUGACCACUGGGCAAGAUCUCCGGGGGCAGAGGAGAGAACCACAAUUCGCCUCCGUGGCCAGAAGUCUGCUGGUGGCUCUCUCAGGACUUCAUGGUUUCUUUCAGAGAGAGGCUGUUUUGUAGUUUAUUCCUAAAGUUGUGCAGACUUUGGAAUGCAGCAGAGUCAACCACUGGAGCUCCCCUCGUCAGUCCGGCACCUCUGUGCGGGAUCUCUGGGUGAGUGCCCCUCGGUGACGUGCGCCUCACUCAGCUUUUAGUUCUGUUUGUGCUUUGCAGUAUCAGUCCUUUCCAGUAACUUUCCCGGGCAACUUGGUGUCUGGGGGACGAGGCAUCAAGAAACAGGAAAUGGCCUAGAAAGGCCUAGAAACUGUAGAAAUCGUUCCAUGUCUCCUCCGAAGAACAUUUGUCUCGGAGUGUCCCCCAAACGUAAAACUGCUGACAGACCUGGGCCUCGGGGCCCCUGCCCAACUGCCCCGCUCAGACGCCAACCUUGCGGUUUUUUAGCCUGCGAGACACACGAUGGGGGACUUUUAUAUGGUUGGAUUUUAGCAAAUACUGCAAAGGCAGAGGCAAGAGAAAGUCUAAGAAUUGUUGCCUUUAAAUGCUUUUGAUGGGUCAACCUGCACAUUGAGAACGCUCGACUCCUUCUCAGAAUAACCUGCCAGGAACCCAGCCUUUUAUUUGUGGCACAUGUUCCUUCCUUCCCGGGAAGCCCUUGUUUCUGGGGCGCUAGAACCUCAGCCUCAUGAGGCUCCACCCCAUAUCCCACAGCGUGAACUUUCUUAGGCCUGGUUCUGGGGAGAAAGGCAGAAUGGACCCUCCCAAUGUUUGCUGCAAAUAUUGCCAAACUAUAGGGUUUAUGAUAGAGAGCCACGCGGAAGAAACAUCACUCGGCUGGUGGCAGACAUGCACUUUUUUAUAGAGGAUGUUCUUUUCCAUGAUGCCAUCGAUGCCCAGGUCACCCUGUGGUAUUUUAAACAUCAGCUGUAAUUACAAAACUAAUAUAGCCCCUAAAUUCAAACAGUACAGACAAGUAUAAAGUAUAAAUACUAGACCAGGGACUCGCUGUACAAAUGUGAUCCACAUAAAAUACACCUGAUUUACAAAACCGGGUGACAGGUUCACAACAGGGACAGAUGACACUGAGUGACCAGUUAACGAGUGUGUCUGGAGAGGCCGUGGGGAGCUGGUGAAACGGUCCCGUCUGGAAGACCCUAGAAGGUGGGCGGGUGGCCGUUCCGAAGCCUGGGCGUGGCGCUGGGAUACGGGCGUGGGUCGCACCUGCAGGAUGGUCCGAGCAGGGGCUGCAGAAGCCUGCCGUGCGGGGGGGGGGGGGGGCGCUUGGAAAUCCCACGUGCAGCCGUGGUGGGAGGUCACAGAGCUCGGUGCCCGGUUUCCAGCAGCAUGCUUUCCAGAAGCAGCUUGCUGUCACUCCGCACGCAGGGCUGGUGCAGCCACAGGGACAGGUAGGUCAGGGCGAGGCCGCGGUCGGCGGUGUGCGCCAGCUCCCCGACGAUGGUGCGCUUCAGGAGGAGCUCCUCCUGGUACAUGGCCGAGAGCUGCUGGGCAACCUCGUCUGCAACAUGCCAGUCCCCCUUUAAUGGCAGGGAGUGAGCAGGCGCCCUGGCCUGGGAAGGGCCACCACGUGGACGCGCUCCUUGCUGCCCAGCAGAACCAGCAGCGGCACCGAGACUAAGCACCGACAACUGGCACCAUCAGCCUGCGGUGCCGUGGCAAGUGGCCGCGAAUGAAAAGUGACCCUAACCUUCCUCCUCACCACUGAGAACCUGCAGUGGUUCUAAUAGUCGUUAACCUCACACCGACAGUGUUCCAGCACAGGCCAGGCCGGCUGACUCUACCUUUCCUCCCUCAUUUAAAAGUGAGAUCUCACAUCGAUAUCAAAAAGCUUAGCCCUUCUUUUGAACUAAUAAAGCUAAAAAUAACAAUGUCUCAUAGAGGUUAUUAAAGUAAUGAAUUCCAUUUUCCAAGCAGUCUUUUCCCUGCUUGAAUGAAUUUUAUGAGAUUCACUGAAGUUUUAUUUUUUUUCAUUAAAACAAAGUGAGAAAAAAAACCCUUCAAAAAAGUCAAGAUUUCUGCCUUUGCAGAAGCGGCAGACUUUAUUCUAUUCAUUGGUUUUAAAGGGCCAAUCAUGGCAGCUUGCUUCAUGGGUUUCUAAUUACGCUUUCAACAUUCUUUGCUGAUUCAAGCCGAGAAUAAAUGCUCUAUUUAAGACGCCCCAUCUCCACCCCUCCGAACGGAUCCUCCUGAUUUGGGGUUGGGUUCCCUGACCCGCCCUGCAACCCCCACAGGAAGCACUCACAGAAGCGGGCCGUGGGCCACGUGUGGAACAGGGGGGCCCCUCUGCCGUCCUCCCCGUAGUGGUACUUCUCCAGUUCGCAGAUCCCCUUGGUAGUUGAAGACAGCUUUUCCAUUUUCACCUGUAUUUUUGUCUGAAAAGAUAGCAACUUGGGAUGUAAUAACAAGACUCGAAAUGUCCUCCAGUCUCAGACUCAGUCACCCUGAGAUUCCAAAGCUGGGAACCUAAGUCUGCUGAGACCAGAAGCCCAGCAAUUCAACUGCAUCAACUCUGUGCACAGCGAACUCCCGGGCAGGCAGCACUGUGAUUUCAUCAGCCCGGGUUGCUCAGUGCUCAACCCGACCCCCCAGUCCCGGAGCAGACGGAGCUCCCCGAGAGGUGGACUUCUGCCGGUGUGGAGGGCAAGACGGCGGUCAGCAAGUGAGCUCACUUCCCACUCUGACUGAGCGCCUCUGACCUGCCUCUCUGAGGCCAGUCUCCUUGUUUAUCACAUGGCAAUGAUGAAAGGCAGCCCCACACCUUCCAGGAAGGAGCUCCGGGAGGAGGCGACGAGACACCGGCAGUGCUCGGUGAGGACGCCAUCCCCGCGGCCCCUUGGCGGCUCCGACAGACUGCCUGCUGGUGCUGGCAAGGGUUUGUUAAAUAAAACAGAUGGGUGCUCGGCCGUAAGAAGGAGGAGCUCUUACCCUUUGCGGCAGCGUGGAUGGACCUGGAGAGCAUUACGCUGACUGAAAUAAGCCAGUCAGAGAAAGACAAAUGCCACGUGAUCUCACUUACAUGUGGGAUCUAAUGAACAAAAUGAGCGAACACACAGAACAGAACCAGACUCAGAUACAGAGAACAAGACUGACAGCUGUUGGAGGAGGGGCGGUUGUGGGGCUGGGUGAAAAGGCGAAGAAAGCAGCCAAAAAAACCCCUUUAUGACACAGACGACAGUGUAGAGAUCAUGGGGGGGACACGCAAAGGUGGAUAAAUGUGGUGGAAGGAGCCUUGACUUGGGGUGGUGAGCAGGCAACACAAUAUACAGAUGACGCAUUACAGAACGGUACACCUGACACCUACACAAUUCUACCGACCAGUGUCAUCCCAAUACAUUCAAUACGCACACACAUAAAGCAGAUGGGCAAAGCCACUAGGAGCUCAGGUGUGAGUGGCCCAGGGCUCAAGGACCACACUGCCAACUCCUAAGCACAGUUAACCCGAUGCGUACGGGGAAGUAAAAGGAUCUGUAAGUCGUCCGAGUCUUCGUUCCCUGCACUCGGGCCUCCCACCACCCUCCGGGGACAUCCGAAUCGGCUGGCACUGACUUCAGCCAACGUUAAUUUUUAAAGAAUGGCACUCCUUUCCCAGAUCCUUCCGGGCUCAAUAAUUCCCUUGGCUCCACCCCAAGAGGCAGACUCUGUGCCUGCAGCUGGGCAAGCACCCAAGGUCGCUCACUGAGCUUGGGAGGGACGCGGCUGGGACCGAGACCCCAAGCCUGGAGCCCAGUGCUCGCUCUCUCCCCCACACUUGGCAGCAGCUCCCUGGCACGCCCUCUUCUAAGAAAAGCUUCUGCAGGUCGGGACUGCAGGGUUCCUGCAGGCCCGACGCCAUCCUGUUCGUAUGGACUUGCCACAGUCAAGCAGGUUCUGGGGAAAAACACUGUAAAAGUGUCCAGUCUUCAACAGCUGAUUAACUGGGAUCUUCAGUGGGUCACUCUGCCUCUGUCAUCCCCACCGGCCCAGAGCUCACCCACCAGAGAUGCAGUGUGGAUCGAGAGCCAAAGCCGAGAAAGCCGGAAUCCCAGAGCCCCCCCACGGUGUCCCCACCUUUCUGGGAGUGGGGCUGACAGAUGACACUGCUCGCCUAGGGCAAGACAGCAGGCAGCGUCCCCAAACAGCAGGACAAUCACAAAACCCUGAUUGUUUACAGGGGACAAACAGCCCCCCCCCCACCAAACGGCUGACGCUGGUGUUGGUUUUCGAUCUAAAACAAAAGGGGACAUCACCGAGAUGUCCUCAACGCACCGUUUAUUUUCCCAUUUCGGCGUUUCUAAAACCAGCCCGCAUCUCACAAGAGACGUGGUAUUUGGAGCACAGUGUCGUCUGUGUCAGAGAGGUUUUCGUUUUUUGACUGCUUGCUUCUCCUUUUCACCCAGCCCCACAACCCCCCCCCCCACAGCUGCCGGUCUUGUUCUCUGUAUCUGAGUCUGCUUCUGUUGUGUUGUUUCCUGAAAAACUCCUCUGAAUCCUAAAUCUGAGUAAGCGGUUUCCUGACGAAAUGUAAUUAUAUUCAACAUACUCUGUUAGAAAAGACAAGCAUGUGAAGUCUAGGAAACAUCUCCACCAGCAAAGGUUGAAGUGUAAGGGUCUAUGUCCACAGGUGAGCUGUGGUUACUCACCACAAGUCAAACGUGCGCAAACCCUCAUUCCUAAGCCCAGCAAAGAGGUGCCCUGUGGUGUCUGUGUUUGGUGGCCAGUGUGGCAGGCACUGAACUUCAGUCACCAGUUCAUUGAGCAACCACUUACCAGCCCGGGGCCCACAGGCCGGCCAGCCUACAGCCUGUUUUUGUAUGACCACGAGCUAAGAAUGGGUUCUGCAUUUUUAAGUGGGUGAAAAAAAAUCCAAAUAAUAUCUGGUGAUGCAUGAAAAGUAUGCAGUUCAAGCUUUGGGGUCCGUAAGGAAAGUUCUGCUGGAACGCAGCCCACCAUUCGCCUCUGCCCGACCUUCGGCCAUGCUGGUGACACUGAGCAGAAGCCAGUGGUGACAAGAGAGGCUGGGGGCCCACAGAGCCUCAAAACAGUUACUGUGGAGCCCUGUGAGGGGGCAAGAUUGCCCCGGACAACACAUGGGACCAAAAGAACAAAGGUCUAAGACAGCAUCUUGGAGACAUCAAGACUUGCGGACCAGGCAGAGGAGGUUGAGGGAGAAGCCAACGAUGGAGCAGGAACGACCGCCUGGCGUCGAGCACGGCUGAGUGCCAGGCGAGCCCCUGGGCCUUACCAAACCGGCCACGGUGGCCUGCAGCUCCUCGCACAGCGCCUCGAGCUCCGCGCUGUACCCUGGCGGCCUCCGCUCUGCAUUUCCGUCGCAGGCCGGGCUGCCGCUCUCCAGCUCGGCCUCGUCUUUACUC